AUGCUCAGGAUCUAUGGCAAAGGUAACCGAAUUUCAUUAUAUCUAUAUUAUAAGGGUUCAGAUGGGACUGCACGUGUUUUUCAAUUUCAUGUUUCAUGUUUCUUUUCAAUUAUAUUCAACUAGUUAAAACAUGAGCAGCCGAUCUUUAUCUGAUAUACAAACUCGAGCCGAAAGCGAGAGUUUGUAUAUCAGAUAAAGAUCGGAUGCGAAUAAAUAAAGUUAGUUUAGUUUAGCCUUCCUCCUGUAGAAACACUCAUUAAAAAGAGAUAACCCUUACUGGAUCUGUAGGGAGAACAGUUUAGAACUGAUAGAGCUAUCCAGUACAAAUAAAAUUAGUUUAGUUUCGGCUUCCUCGUGCAGAAACGCUGGAUCAUUAAGAGAUGUCCCUUACUGGAUCUCUAGGGAGAACAGUUUACUGAUAGAGCUAUCCAGUAUAAAUAAAGUUAGUUUAGUGUAGGCUUCCUCCUGUAGAAUCACUGAAUCAUUAAAAGAUAACCCUUACUGGAUCUCCAGGAAGAACAGUAUCAGUAUCGAUAAAUAAAGUAAGUUUAGUUCAGCAUAAAUUGGCUCCACAUGUUAUGUUAGUCCCACAGACUAAAACAUAACUUUCUAUAUAGUCUCAGGAAGUCAAUCUAAGGAAUUAUUUUAUGUGUGUAGGUUUUUCAGGUGACCAGUUUGCGUUUGAUGAUCCAACAUUGGGCAAUGUGGUGACCCUCGCAGGAAGGGAUGGAGUCAAAAUACCUUGUACUGUGGUACAAACUGACACAUCUACUACGAAAAUUUCAUGUGAAUUGGGGUAAAUUUUAUUCAUAUCCUUGAGCGAUUAGAGAUUCAAUCUACCUGACUGAUAUAACAAGAUCUUCGCUCUUCAAGACUACUUAAAAUGAAGGUCCUUCACUGGAAGCGUGGAAAUUGUUGUUAUCGAGCAACAACAUUUCAUCUCUGAGAUUGUGGGUUCGACUCUCGUGACACUUUAUUGCAUAUUAUCCGGCACUAACGCAGUUAAGAUUUAUAUUCUCAGUUAAGCAAUCUUGUAUCAAGAGCCUUCACUGUUUUUUUAUUAUCAUUAUCCUCACUAUGCCUAUAUAUUACAAAUAAUAUAACUUUAAUUGUAAACUUAAAUUGUACUCAUAAAUUAUUAUUACUUUCAUAAGUGUUUCCACCUCCUCUGAUUGCAUUUGUAGGCCCGGGGCCACCCCCCGCCCGCCACCCUCUCGGCGGGCCUAAUCUCUUUUAUAUUUUUCUUAGAAAACCUCCAGUAGGUCACGAGGGAGACACAUAUUCACUUUCAAUCACAGUCAAUGGUGAACCAUUGGGAGGGGGACAUCGUCAUACCUAUUGCUGGGGCAUUUGUAGAUUUUAUGUGAGUUUGUCAUUAAAUAUACAAUACAUACUCUUCGUUUGUACGAUGUAUAUCAUCAUACACAUUGAUAACCCGACCUUCACCCCACCCACUUCACCCCUCGCCCCCACUCUAACCCCCUCACCCCAUCCUCUAACCCCUCACCCCACCCUCUAACCCCUCACCUCACCCUCUAACCCCUCACCCCUGGUUACGUCUACAAUAAAUGUAUAAAAAUUCCAUUCGAUAUUUCCAUCUACGAAUUCUUUCAGCAAGACGUUUAUCAUUGUUGAAUAAUUCUACAAUUUGUAAAAACUCUUUAUAUGAAAGAUUGUGGUGUUAUGUACGUAGGUGGGGUUAUAUUUAAGAUGCCAAAUAUUUGUCAAUUUACAGUUCCAAAGCUGGAGAACACCAACAAUUACGAACAUAGACAAACAGGCCGGCCCAUCAGGUACAAAAAUUGAAUAUACAAUGAGGUAGACGAUUUUGUCAGUGUAAACUGUAAAAGUUUGUACCUCUCAUGAAAUGAAGUAGACCCCUAUUCUACAUUAUUCUGUUUACUACGAGACAUAGACAAGGUGAAAAGCAAAUUGUUUUAUUCUUUGCUAUUGAACAUAUACCCAGAAAACAAAGCUGUGGGAAAAGAAUGCCUGCAUUAUUCAGUGGCUACAUCGGCGGUAGGUAGUUUGCAAUAAUGAAGGUGAAUCACAUUGCAUAAAGAACAUUCACACUGUAUUUUCAGAUCAAGUUAUAAAGAUCACAGGAAGAUUGUACACCAGUCAAUUUGGCCGUCUUUCUGACAACACUGGCGAUAGUUUUGAUCAUAGUACUCAUCCUACCGAAAUUACACGGUUCGUACAAACAAGAUGACUUCAUAUAUACUGGAUAGCUUAUAAACAGUGGAAAAUAAUUUGCGAAAUAUUUUUUGGGGUGCGAAAUCAAGUUGCCAACAAUACGACUACCUCUUUUCGCUAAUAACAAUAAGAAACUUUAAUCAAACUCGCUAGGAAUAUAUUUACAAUACCAUGUGAGAACGAAACAAAAGACAUUAUAACAAACAAAGGCGAGUUAGAUAUGGGAUCGGCGAACGGACUCGAAGUCCCAACAAGGCAAACCCCACACAUAAAUUACAACUAGAAAUUCACACUACGAAAACAUAAAACUUCAAUCAAAGUUCUCUAAUACCACUGAACAGACAGCCCAGUCUCUUGCUCAGGUUGACUGCACAUACCAACUUAGAAACAAAUUAAUUUAUUCGGAAUUAUUUCAGAAAACAAUCCUAAUCCUAACACAUGCGCUAAUACUAACCCUAAUUCUAAUUUUAAAGAUAGGGGUGUAGCUGGAGUACUUUUUGCCUUAAAUGUCAUGUAAUAUAUAGCUUAAUUUAUAGCCUACGAAUGCUACCAUGUCCAUGGUUAAAAAACUAUUGUUACAGCUUUGGUACAUAGUUAUUCGGCUAUUACUCCAAGGCUUUCAGAAUUAUUGGGUUAUUAUGGGGGGAGAGGUGGUGGUGAUGGGUUCCUCGUAGAGAUGUUGGAAAGAUAAUCCCUUUACUAUUCCAAUUCUACAACAAGAGGAAAACCAAGUACUAGGAGAAAACCUGCCACACUGCGUAAUUAUCGAGCAAUGCCUCAUUUCAUGAUCUCAUUGCGUAUGUUUCAUUCAAAUAUGAAGUACCUUAAUUUCCAUUUUUGACUAAUUUUUUAUCUUGGCAUAAAAAGUAUAUUCCCGGAAAAAGCAUGCUAAAAUGAGUAAAAUUGCAAAGUUUGGUUGCGAAACGUUGUAAAAAGCGGAAAAUAUAGCCUUGCAAAUUUCGCAAAUUUUGUAUACUUUUGUAUUGCGUGCGGAAAUUGCUACCACAUUUGGGCCGAAAAUAGCAGCAAUUUCCACACGCAAUACAAAGUACACACAAUUUGCGAACUUUUUGCAAGGCUACACUUUCCGUAUUUUACAACAUUUCCCAACCAAACUUUGCAAUUUUACUCAUUUUAGUGUGCUCUUUCUAGCUGUGGUGAUUUUGCAUCUCCUUGCCUAGUUUUAAAAUUAAUCUAUUAUGGGAAUUGUCUAUUCCUGAGUGAAAUAUUUUGUUUUCUAGAGUGUAUCUUGGUGGGUACAACUGUGAUACCAACGAUGAAAAUGGACAAGUGUAAGAAUGUUCUUGAUAACCUUUUGACAUGAUCCUGCUCAAAAAAGUGUUCAUCAAUCGCUUGACCUAUGAGGCCAAUUUAUACAUGCAAUUUUUGUUGAGAUUUUAGCUGCGGAAUUUCUUCUUCUGAUGGAUGUGAACGAGUGGACGAGUUAUAAAUGUUCAGACCAGAGCGCACCUACUCAGAACAUUCAUUACUCGUCUACUCGUUCACAUGCACCAGAAGGAGAAAAUUCAGAAGAAAAUAGACAUUUAAAUAUAAAUCUUUUCUCUAAAUCUCACCGUAGGUAUGGAAUAACCUAUGUGCCAUAUUCUGGACACUUCAUAUGUAGAGGAGAAAUCACAGCACCAGGUGAAUGUCUUUCAACAAAAAUUCUUUCCUCUGGUCAAUAAAAGUUCCCCUUAUCAUCUCUGUGACCAGAGUUGUGACCAUGUGUCGUUGUCAUUAUAAUUUCGACCCAUGCAGUCGCAUGAAGAAGAGUGCUUCCAGUUUGACUCUAUCAAACAAACACUACAGGCUAUCCUAUCCUCCCGUAGUAACACUGGAUCAAUAAGAGAUGAUCCUUACUUGACCUCUAGGAAAAACAGUUUAGAACUGAUAGAGCUAUCCAGUAUAAAUAAAAUUAGUUUAGUUUAGGUUUCCUCCUGUAGUAACACUAGAUCAAUAAGAGACGAUCCUUACUGGACCUCUAGGAAGAACAGUUCAGAACUGAUAGACCUAUCCAGUAUAAAUAAAGUUAGUUUAGGUUUCCUCCUGUAGUAUAACACUGGAUCAAUAAGAGAUGAUCCGAGAACAGUUUAUACUAAAUUUUGUAUAUUUUUUGAAAUAUGAAAGUUUAUCUUCUACAAUGUAGGUUCCUACGGUGUCUCUUAUCUCGUCUCGAAUUACGGUCGAUCACAGAUAAACAACAACGAUCUUAGUCUUGUCGAUGCUAACGAUGUUAUUUAUCAAUAUCAAGCUCAUUCGGGUAAGAUUUGGACAUUACUACCAAUAGAUAAAUACCGAGAUUUUGCGCAUCUCGUUCGAUACUAUUAAUACUAGAUAGGUUUUGUAGAUGAAAUUUUCGCAAAUUUACAUACAUUUUUAAUUAAACCUAAACUUAAACCUUAAUUUACACCCGUUUUCAAAAUUACGCGACCUCCCUGAAAAAUACUCCUACUUCAAAUGUCAGUUUUAUGUCACAAGAACUGCUAAAAAUAGCAAACGUAUUAAACAAACUGUCUAAAGACAUUUUAAACCGUAUUUAAUACCAAAACUGAACAAAAAUGAGUCAGAUAACUUAGAUAUACAAACUAAAGCACAAUACAAACCAUCACAACAUAAAUAUGUGCCGUGAAUGACUUUUAAAGUUUGAAAAAUAACAAUUUAUCCUGGAAUAUAGCUGUCAGUAUAAAACACGCGCGCUAGACUAUAACGGUGAUGUUAUGAUUUUGUCGUGCUUAAAUUUUACAAUAAUUCUCACUAAAAUAUCUUGAAAAUCAUUGUAAGUCUGUUUAUAUCAAGCAUACAAAGCAUAUACAUCGACAAGGAACCGCAAAACUCAAAAUUUGAACUUCGUGAUCGAAUGACAUAAAACUGACAUGUCAACUCUAGCAUUUUCGUCUUUGGUCGCGUAAUUUUGAAAACGGGUGUAAACCUAACCCUGGCGCAGGCGAAACUAGGCCUUGAUUUCUCAGCAUCUAUUUUUCGUACGCUCAUCAAACAUUGUAGGCGAAUAGCAUGGGUCUUUGGUGGCGCAGUCGUCAGAGUAAGCACCUUUCAUCUCUGAGGGUUCGAUUCUCGCUAUGGACUCAUGUGUGGACUCAUGUGAAAAGAGUCAGUCAACGCUCUGCCGAAAGUCGUGGGUUUCCUCCUGCAAGCGCUCCAAACUCCUACAGCCCGGUGUGGAUGCACACUCACAGUAACAUCACAAACAUCAUAUUCACCUGAGUACAUAACACCAACACACACAAAAAGUAUCGUAAAUAUAAUUAAUUACAUGUCAUGCAUAAAUUAUACAAUGGGCAAAUUACACAUUCAGUUUACACUGCCCAGCAAAGCAAGACCAACUUUUGCUAAUUUCUUAUUUCAAAAUUUAAUCCAUUUGUCCUUGGGCAAUGUCCAUUAAUUCCACAUUUUCUUAUUAGUACGUUUGAUAGUUUUUCAGUUAUCGCUGGCCUAUAGUCAUUUUUCGCAAUUGUUCCGGGUAGCUUUUCAGAAUUUGUAGACCGUUCCAAAUCAAAAAGCAGAAAUGUUGCCAUUCGAAAAGUAUUCAAUGUACUGCCUUGAAAUUUUGCACACGCAGAGAUUGAGACCAUAGCUAUUUUCCUACAAUGUUUGGUGAGAGUACGUAAAAUACAUGCUGAGACAUCAAGGCUUAUUUUUGCCUGCACCAGUGGUAAUAACAGCUCCGCAUGACUUACCACAUCAUGAUUCUGUUUUCAGAUGUUACAAGUGUUGAACCAAGAAGCGGCAGCCGCGCUGGUGGAACGAUCCUAACAAUCAAAGGAAAAGCAUUCAGUUUUAUUAAAGAGAAUGUCAAAGUUACCGUGGGAGGUAAACUUUUCUUCAAUUCUUGAAGUGAUCCUUGUGAUGAUAUCUUACGACAUAUACCGGGUGUCCCAAAAAAACUGCACACUGUUUGAUUUCAUGUAAAGUAAAAGCUAUAAAAGCUAUCGCAAUGAAAUAAAGAUCAUUACAUUUAGAAAGGACUAACUUAUAUUUUGAUAUAUAGCACAUGCAAUAUGGAGUGAGAUAUUGAUGUUUGAAUGAUUUUGGACAGAUCUGAUAGACCUAUUCAGUCAGUUUAGCAUUCUAAGUUUUUAGUUAAUUUAUGUAAUUUUCCACAGGUGUUCCAUGUGAAGUCCUUACGAGUAAUCGAGAUACAAUCACGUGUAAGACAGGCGCACUUCAUGAAGAAAACGAAGGCAGAGAUUUCUACCCAGGUUUGUAUGUCAACGUUGAUGUCGUAAUUGGCAUUGUUUUACAACUUCGCGAUAUAAGAGAAGAGAAGAGAAGGGAACCCAAAUACUUAAACUAUCCAAAAUGUACGAGCUUUGUCAUGUAGAUGACUUUUACCCUUCUUCUUAAUUUCAACUCUUAAUUAUUUCACAUUGACUAGGUGGUCGAGGGUUCAUAUGUGAUACAUGGCCAAUACUGCAAUGGAUUCCCAAUGUACGAGACUUUAAUCCUAACGCAACAUACGUACAUAGUCAUGUUCAUCAGAUGCACACAGAUUUUGCCACGUGUGUCAAUGAUCCAUCAUUUGUGAAACCGACUUACAGGUUGGUUGGUCGGCUGAUUGCCUAUUUCGUGCCACCUUCCAGUGGAAUUUACAGAUUUGGUUCGACAUCUGACGACAGCAGUGUUGUGUAUUUGAGUAACACUAGUUCACCUUUGGAUAAGGUAAGUGAUAGCUCAAUUUCCAUAUUAACAAGCACAAUUUAAAUGCAGCGAUUUUUUUCACUCCUAAACUAAAUGCCGGAAAGCAUUUGUAUUGAAAGAUUGCUGUACAUACGCUGAAAACUAAUAAACCGCUUGAACUCGAGUCUAGUAAAAAUCUACCGGAAAGAAUAUGAAUUUGAAGACUACUAUACCUUCCCUAAGCCCCAAAAUAAACUCAGACGAGAAAUAAUUCAACUGACCCAGAGAAUUCAAAUUGAAGCUUACCUGUACAGUACUUAUACUAAGAACCAACAGUUUGAAGUUUGAACUAUAGUAAGAAUCUACUACAAAGGGCGUGUAUUUCAAGAGCACUACCUACACUGAGAACCAACAGUUUGGCGUUUAGGCUAUAGGACGUGCAUUUCGAGACCAGUAUUUAACCAGACACCAACCGUUUGAAGAGAGAAAAGAGAGGAAAAAAAAUUGAAAAAAACUACAACAAUGUGCAUUUCAAGAUUCCUACCUAAUUUGAAAACCAAGAUGCAAACUAAGUGUGCUAUAUUCGUACAUGAUACAUCCUCUUUAACUUUAGAGAGAAAUUGCUUCCAACAGAUAUUAUACGGGUCCAUACAAUUGGAACAGGUUUGAGACACAGUGGUCAGAACGUAUGUACCUUGAGGAGGGCCGUGGGUAUUAUAUUGAAGGAGAUUAUUACGAUACUGGUGGCGCAUACUUUCUAAACCUCGGCAUGCACAAAGAAACAACAAGUCUUACAAAGGAUGAUGUUCCCAUGGCCGUACAGGAACAGCAGUAUUUGAAAAUCUAUAACACGAUUGAAGAGGAGGCGCAGGUAUUGCAAAAUAAAGAAGUUUUCCUUAAUUUUUCAGGUAGUUCAGCCACAUGGUAGUUUAUUGUAGAAUACUACCUACACUGGACCACCACAUUUGAAAUAUAUUUUACAGGUAGUUCAGACACAAACCACGACAGCUUAUUGUAAAAUACUACCUACAUUGGACCACCACGUUUGAGAUAUCUUUUUCAGGUAGAUCAGACACAAACCACGACAGCUUAUUGUAGAAUGCCUAUACUGGACCAACCACGUUCGAGAUAUAUUUUUCAGGUAGUUCAGACACAAACUACGACAGCUUAUUGUAGAAUACUACCUACACUGGACCACCAUGUUUGAGAUAUCUUUUUCAGGUAGUUGAGACACAGACCACGACAGCUUACUGUACAAUACUACCCACAAUAAACCACCACGUUUGAGAUGGACCCCACAUGGACCCCAUCAUCAUAGAAUGCACAGUUCGCUAGGAAUAAUUUGUGAAAUUGAGGCAUCUACUUUUAGACAAUUAGGUAUGAGAACUGGAAAGACGGGUUCGUCCAACAGGAAGAACAACUAGUGACGGUGAAGCAAUGUUCAUUGGUGAACAAUCUAUGUCAACAACCACCAUCAUUCAGCUUAAACUACAACGGAGAUAUCACUGGGUCUCUAACUCCAAACAUUUCUGCUGCAGAUCUUCAAACUGCACUCAAUGUUCUUCCUUCAAUAAAUAAUGCUGGGUCUGUCACAGUGACCUUGGAAUCGUCCGGCAGACAGGAGAAUGUUUACAGGGUUGAAUUUAACUUUGCCGAACCUGAAACGACUUCAAUGCUCCAGGAUGGAAGUCAGUUACGAGGACAGUUUGUGAGCGUGGCCGUUGACAAGGCUGGGAUAAACUCAAACAAAGGAUUCAGGUUAAGUCUUGGUGGAAAACGAACACAAGUGAUUCCACCAAAUAUGACCGAGGCAGGACUGGAAAGUACCUUUACUCAACUUUUCACCACGCAAUGCACAUUCUCUGCAAAUACAGGUAACAUACGAUGA